CACAGCCAGUGUUACAGCAGCAGCAGCACCAUAGCGCAGCGACAGGCAGAGGCAGGUCUGAGCUGGGAGUUUGGCUGCGCACACACUCCGCUACAGUGAAGAUAUAAGGCGGCAGAGGAGGGCGAGCAGGGGGAGUCCAGUAGGACAGAACUACGACUUGGAAGCUUGCCUUUGACAUGGUGGAUCCACCAGAUGCUGAGGAGGAAGGCAGAAGCAAAGAGCCAGGGCCUGACUGUUCAGCUGCGACAGCUUCUGCCGCUGCUGCCACAGGAGCUCCCAGUCCCCAGAUCAGAAAUGGACCAGACCCUGCCUCGGAACCAUCCCUCCCAGGCAGACAGAGAGAGCAGUCCCCCAAGCUGCACCUGGAUCUCUUUAAUUUCGAUUCUCCCGAAGCCGAAGGGAGUCGCUACGUCCUGACCAGCCCUCGCUCCCUGGAGGCAUGUGCGCGCUGCGGGGUCAAGCCUAUAGUGCUCCUGCAGCGCUCCGUCAAUGACUUCGCCAAGGAGGCCCCCGGUGAGUCCAUGCAGGUAGCGGAGGGGCUGUUCGAGGUCUAUGAGAGAGAGAGGCAGGGCAAACUCAGGGAGUGCCGUGAAGAACGGGAGCGUAUUAUCAAGGAGGAAAAGAGGCGAAUUAGUAACUCGGUCAGCAGCAGCCUACCGUGCUCUCCUGCUGGUAGGCCAACAGGGCUGGGAGUGUCUAGUAUUUCCACAAAGGCUGCCCCGGCUCCUGCUACUAGUGCUGCAACAACAACGCGUAAUGGUGCCACUCCUGCUGUUAAGACAAAUGGACAUGCAGCACAACCCAAGAAAAAAGGGAAAUGCCGUUCCCUGGAUUCUAAACCGAAGAAACGGGAACCCUGCCACUCUACAACGACUAGCACCACCAUGCGGACCUCCUCGGAGUCAGGGGCCUCCUCAUUCAGCUGGGACAGCCCUCGGGACAGCAGGGACAAGUGGCCAAAGGCAUCAAGCCCUAGAGUGCGGACAGUGGCCUCCCUGAACUCCCUAAUGGGGCGCAGCCUGAGCCUGGGGGACCUGAGCCACUCGCCACAGACCACCAAGAGGGUAGAGCGGAUCGUGAAGGAUGUGAAGCGCCGAGGGCUGAGCGAAGUGCCGGAGAGGGACCGCAAGAUUGCGGCACUCAUGCUAGCCAAGCACCAGGAGGAGCACAUCAUGAGCCAGAGCCGCUACAUGGCGCACCUGCAGUGGGACAGCGAGCGGCGAUUGGAGGAGCUGAGCAGGGAGAGGGAGGAGAGGGAGAAGCAGCGCGCUGUCCUGCAGUGUCAGCGUAUCUGGCACACCCAGGUCUCCAGCCGGCAGAGGCAGCUGAGCCAGGAACAGAAGGAGAUGGCCACCAUCAAGCAGCGGCAGGCGGAGGAGAGCGAGGAGAAGUGGAGGGAGCUGGCUGAGAGGCAGAAGCAGUCCAGGCAGGACAGACUGAGGCAGACAGCCGGGGAGGAGAAGCAGAAGAAGAGCCACCAGGAACACAACCUCAAAGCCCUGGAGGAGGAGAGAAGGGCGAUAUUGGAGCAGGAGCAGCAGCUGCUGCAGGAUAAGCUCACGAUGGCCGAGCUGAGGAAGCAGGAGCGUGAGCAUCAGCAGCAGAAGGAGCUCAGGGGCCUCAACAAGGCAGAGAAGCUGAGGCACAAAGCCCUGAUCAGGGAAAUCGUCAGGAGGGAGGCAGAAGAGAGGAAGCUGGCCAAGCGCACUAUGGAGGACAAGCUGAGCAGGUCCAUGGAGAACUAUGAGCAGAUCCAGGAGCGCAGGAACCAGGAGCUGAGGGAGAAAGCCAAGAAGGAAGAACAACACAUCAAGAAGGCCCAGCAGGCUGCAGAGAAGAAGGAGAAGGAACAGAGAGAGCACCUGGAAAGCCUAGCCAGGGAGUCGGAACGCAGGGCACAGCAGGCAGCUCAGGUGGCAGAGGAGAGGGCGCAGCAGAAGGCGUUGAAGGCCGUACAGAGCCGGCUGGAGAAGGAGAAGAUCCAGAGGCUGAACAGGCAAAGGGUGGAGGAGGAGGAGCAGCAGAGAAGGCAGGAGCUCCUGAUGUCCAUCGAGAAGAAGCUGGAGAAGAGCGAGCAGAUCUUUCGGGAAAAGAGGGCUGUGCUGGAGAGUGCUCGCUCCAUGGCACGUGCCUCCUUCCACGUGAGAGACCGGGUGCGAGAUGAGACCAACAUGCGUACCUUUGACAAGAUGGCCCUGGAGGCCCAGCUUCAAGCCAGCCUGAUUGAAAAAUAACAUCUGGGUCUGUCCACAGCUCAGCUAGCAUUGAGCACUCCAGCUGGAGAUCUAGGGGGGUGUCUGGGAAGUUCUAGUGGGAAUAUACAAUUAGUAGUGCGCUGUUUUAGGUGAAGCUCUGAAACUGAACCUUUCUGUACUUCCAAGGCAAUAUAUUUUCAAGUCAAGUUCCUAACCCUCUGAAUAGACAGGAGCAGCUUGCUUCCUAUACUGGUUCAAGUCUGGCAACCUGGUGGGCCCUAUGCAUAAACUUUAAGUAUUGUUUUUUUUUUUUUUUCAAAGUGCUUUGAAAAAACAGCAUAAACUAGUAAAGUCUCUCUGAAACAGUUGAGAGGAGUAAACUGCAUACUGGUUUUUUUUUUUGUUUUUUUUUUAAACUCAUCACAAUGGUCUUAAUUAAAAAAAAACAGACCAAACAUUCCUUGAUUUGAGUUUUACUCUUCACAGCAUGAACCAGUGCUGAAUGGUCUUGGGAUAUUUUGCUGCCUCUGUAGAUUGGCAAAAAAUUGUUUGUGGUGUAAAACAACAAGUCUACCAUAAAAAUGAUUGUAUUCAUUUUUUCUAACUGUAUGGACUGUAUAUUGUAUGUUUAAACAUACAUGCUGGAAACUAUUCAUUAAAUGGUUUGAGGGUUCCUUAUUGUCAAGCUCCAGACAACUGCUUGGAAUUGAAGCAUGAUAGGCGCUAUAUAGACAGUAAGUGCAAAGACCCAUUUCUGUGAAAGGAAUACAACAUUUUGAAUGGUAUAUAAUUAACAAUCAAAUCAAAACUGUUCCUCUUCUCACUAGUUUUUGUGUGUGUUUGUUUUACUGUUGCCAUUGUUUUAAUACAGCCCUUAAUGUUCAUUUAAACAAAAGCUGUUUGCACCUUGCUAUCAGGCCUUAUAUUAUUAUUACUGAAACAAUAGUACUUGAUGUCUACAGAGGGCUCCUCCAGAAUGUUGAUGUCAAGUUUUCCAUCUCAUGUUAGGUAGGUGGUACGGCACCCAUGCUGACCAUUGGGCUGGUCGUCUGUGAGAAAGAGAACACACAAGAAACAAUGCCAACCAAUAGGCAGCCUGAGAAAAAGCCAAGGGACCAGCUUUACAGACUCUGCCAAAUGCCUCUUUGAAACUGAACUCUGGCGCAAUGAGAGUGCCCAUCGUUGUGAAUUUACCAAUGGAAAUUUUAAUUAAAAUGUGCCGCAGUUUCACACUGGGCAUUGUGAGGGACCAGAGCCGAGAUAAAUUUAUUACACAGGUAAGUUUGGGGCCCUAGUCUGUUACCCUAAUGAAAGCCCCAGCCGGACCAUUAUCAGAGCACAGCAUCACCAGCGUUGGCAACACAAUGAAUUCUGUCCUGACUCAGCAGCACACUGUGUGGUAGUGAUGUGGUACUGCAAUGGAUUACAAUCACUGUUUCACACACUGCGAUUAAAGAUCAGUUUGGUAAGAUGUUAUGUAAAAAGAAAGUACAUUGUAGAAUCUACAUGUAACCUUUAUCUCCAGUAAAUAUUUUAUUAAAAACAUGGUCCUGCUUUCUUUAAGGGGCGCACUUUUAAAUGUAUUUAUUGUUAACCAGAAUAGUAACGCAUUAACAAAUUAUGUUAAUUUUUUGAAAAGGAACCGAAACUCACAGGCACCCCUGGGUUAGGGUGGCAAAAUCUGCAGGGACUGUUUCUCCAUCAUGUGCUACAGCGCCCCCCUCUGACCUGUAGAUCUGCUGAGCUGUUGUGGGGAUUGCUGGAGUAAGGGAAUCUAAUUGGACAUUCUACAUAAAGUGAAUGGCAAUGACGUGGUUUCAUCAUUUUAGGUAGUGUGCCAUGUUGAGGAAGUUAGUUUUGAAAAUGUAAUCUGUUACAAAUCUAAAUUAUUUAAACAAAACUGUAAUU